CCUUGAUUCACCUGUAAAGAGCGCCCAUUUAGAACGAUAACGCGGCAAAAGUUUCCGAGCAGUACAGAUUCAAGUUUCCUCACCGUCUCCAUCUCCUUCUCUGCCAAUCUUCUACACAGAUCAGGGCGAGCUUUUGAUAUAGAUUCUCUUUGAGGACAUUUCCAAAUGGAUGUACACGGACAGCAGAAAGCGCAAGAGGCCCUAGAUGUUGAAAUCAAAUCAUUUUUUGAUUCAGCUCCCCCUUUGAGGAAUAUUGAGAACGUCAGUGAAGAUUUGAAAAAAUUUAUUGAAAUGAAUUCAUCUGGAACUAGAAGUGCCAGGAAAGUUGUUUGUGUGACAUCUGGGGGCACCACAGUUCCUUUAGAGCAAAAAUGUGUUCGCUAUAUAGACAACUUCAGCUCAGGUCACAGAGGUGCAGCAUCCACAGAGUACUUUUUGAAGGCUGGAUAUUCGGUUAUCUUCUUAUACCGGAAGGGAACCUGUCAACCAUAUUGCAGUUUGCUUCCUGAUUAUCCAUUCCUCGAGUGUUUUGAGUUCACCCAUGGGUCAGGCAUUCAAGUGCGCCAGCCUUAUUCAGAAGCCGUGAAGUGGGCAAUCAGUGAGCAUCAUGCUGCAGUAGCAGAUGGCACACUUCUGAAACUUCCUUUCACAACCAUUUUUGAGUAUCUUCAGAUAUUGCACAUGGUUGCGACAUCAUUGAGGAGUCUUGGGCCCUACGCACUCUUUUAUCUUGCUGCAGCUGUGUCUGACUUUUAUGUUCCAUGGGAGAGCAUGGCAGAGCACAAGAUUCAGUCAGGAUCAGGCCCUUUGGACAUGCGACUUGUUCAGGUGCCAAAGAUGCUAUCAGUGCUGAGGAGUGAAUGGGCUCCAACGGCGUACUGUAUCUCUUUCAAGCUAGAGACUGAUGUAAAAAUCCUCUUGGAAAAGGCCAAUGCAGCUCUGAAAAAGUACAAGAUGCAUAUGGUCAUUGCAAAUGAACUUUUGACCCGCAAAGAGGAGGUAACACUUGUUACUGAUAAUGAAAAUAUUCAUGUUCGGCGUGACCCGAAACAGGUUGGCAACGAAGUAGAGAAACAUAUUAUCGAACAUAUUGUUGAGAAGCAUUCUACUUAUGUCGAUGAUUUGGACCAGAAAGUCUCGAGGGACACGGGAUCAUAGGAGUAAUUGAGUACAAAACUGACAUCCCUUAAGAUCUGGUAAUUUGUUCUGCUUUUUUCCCAUAGAAGAACAGAUCUUCAUACAGAGUCCCUUUAGUUUGCUGAACUUACAUUCAACUUACAAUUCAGCGUGAAGCUUUACAUACAUAAUAAUGUUGUUAGUUCUAAAUUUUUACGAAUAAUUUGGGCCCUC